AAAAUGAUUGUCGUCCGUUUUGCGUUCUUCGUCGAUGGUAGAAAAGUGGCAGGAAAAAAAACUCCAGAACGAAAACUGGAUGGUGAUGGUGAAUAAUCUCUGCGUCAGCGAGAGAAAAAGUGAAAAUUCAUUAAUUUUUUCCAAAAGAAAAUCGAUUUUGCCAACGGGAAGUGUAAAUUUGUGAUUGAAGCCAUCGUCCACGGAAUAUUGUACCGUAUUGCGUUGGUGGGGAGUGUUUGAAUUACUGAUCGUUAUUGUCGUCGUCGUCAUCGUCGGGAACUAUGUGGUCUUUCUUCUCACGGGACUCUGCCAAAGACUUUCCGUACGAAAUCGGGGAACCAGUGCAGCAGUUCGAUUCGCGUAGCAUCUGGUCGCUGCACCGUGGCAAACGGAAAGGUGCCACCGGUGAGGAAGUGUCCGUGUUUGUGUACGACAUCAAGACGGGCACGGAUGUCAGGCUGGAACUGGCCAAGGCCGCCGUGAAGCGACUGAAAACGCUGCGCCAUCCCAGUAUUUUGCAGUUCCUGGACAGCGUCGAAACGGACAAGGUGCUGUACGUAGCCACGGAACAGGUGGAACCGCUUGGGACUCACUUCGAGAAGCUGGCUGGCGAGGGACCCCAACGGGAGCUGUAUCUGGCGUGGGGGAUUUUCCAAAUUACGCGUGCACUAUCAUUCCUUAACAACGAUGGCAACCUUCGGCACAACAACGUUUCGGCGUGGUCCGUACUGGUGAACACAAGCGGCGAAUGGAAACUGGGUGGAUUAGAAUACGUCUCUUCGACAGACCAAUCGGCGGCGCCACCCAUCAAAAUACCCCCGGCGCUGGAAAUCUAUGACCCGCCGGAGAAGAACGAUACCAACAAGCUGAAAGGCUUGACCAAGUGCUCCACCGAUAUGUGGGGCCUGGGGUGUCUGGUGUGGGAAGCGUUCAACGGGCCACUGAGAGCCCGAGGCAAUCUGAAAGAUAUAGCCGGCAUUCCGAAAUCGUUGGCUCCACUGUACUGCGAACUGGUGGGUGCUUCCCCGGGAAACCGACCCAAUCCGGCCGAUGUGAUCACCAAGUGUCGCAAGCCGGGGGGUUUCUUCAAAAACGAUCUGGUAGACACAUUGCUCUUCCUGGAGGAAAUCCAAAUCAAGGAUAAGGCGGAGAAAAAUCGUUUCUUCAGUGCACUCACGCCACAGUUGGACAACUUUCCGGAUAAUGUAUGCAGGAAUAAAAUUCUUCCUCAGCUAAUAACGGCCUACGAAUAUGGAGACGCAGGGUCAGCGGUGCUUGCUCCAAUGUUCAAACUUGGGCGGUUACUCGAUGAAACCGAGUAUCAGAAGCGAAUAGUGCCAUGCGUUGUCAAAUUGUUUGCAUCGACGGAUCGUGUCACGCGAUCGCGACUCCUGCAGCAGCUCGAAUUGUUUAUCAACCAUCUGCAGACGGGGGUGGUCAACGAUCAGAUUUUUCCUCAGAUUGCACACGGUUUUCUGGACACCAAUCCAACCAUUAGGGAACAGACGGUUAAGUCAAUCAUUCAUCUGGCGCCAAAGCUGAACUACAACAACUUGAACGUAGAAGUUUUGCGGCAUUUUGCGCGGUUACAAUCACGAGACGAUCAAGGGGGAAUACGUACCAAUACAACGGUUUGUUUGGGAAAGAUAGCUCCGCAUUUGCAUCCACAGGUCCGACAACGAGUUCUGGUGUCGGCGUUUAUUCGGGCCAUGCGUGACCCGUUCCCUCCGGCGCGGGUGGCCGGAAUCCUAGCGUUGGCCGCCACCCAGCAGUAUUUUCUACUGAAUGAAGUUGCCAACCGCAUUUUGCCGGCCCUUUGUCCGCUGACAGCCGAUCCGGAGAAAACGGUCCGUGAUCCGGCCUUCAAAACGAUACGGGGCUUCCUCGGUAAACUGGAGAAGGUCAGCGAAGAUCCCAGUCUCCGGGAAAGCAUGGAGGCGGAUGUACACACUGCGACGCCUUCGUUGGGCAAUGCCGCUGCCACGUGGGCAGGCUGGGCUGUAACGGCUGUCACGGCCAAGUUUUAUCGAAGCCAAAGUGAUACGGCGCGACCGCGGCCACCACUAACCGGUAAAAAUUUGAGUAAACCUGCUUCGCUGGAGCAACCUUCGAGCAGUAGUAUUUCAACGACGACAAGUAGUGUCACUUCGAUGACAUCGCUGGAGCAUGAAAGCGCGGACACAUCCGCGUCCGCUAGUGACUAUGGUCCGGACAAUUGGGAUCAGGAGAACUGGGGUGAUAUGGAUACAUCGCAAGACCCUAGCAGUCCUAUGGCCGGAACAUCGAACCCACUGACCACUAGUCUUAAUAUGAUCGGAAGUGUAAACGACACACGGGAUGGCUGGGACAACGAAGAUUGGGGUAGUUUAGAGGAAGAACCGAACGAAGACCUGGACGAGAAAGACGAGGAUGAUCACAUGCGAACACCGCAGCAGCAGUCGUCCCGGACACCCAACCAGCCAUCUACGGCAAACGCAUCACCAGCGACAAAUUCCAGCAGAGCUGCCUCCACGUCCGCCGCUUCCUCCGCCCUAUCCAGUAGCAGUAACAACACCAACAACAAUCUACCAAACCACCAUGCCACCAGCAGUCCGAGCAAGAUGUUAGCCCUAAAAAAUAUGACCAACAUCAUCAACAAUACGACCAACAACUCCAACUGGAGCACCACUGGAGACGGCUGGACCGAUGGGGACUUCGAGCCGAUCGAUGAACCGAACACAGGUAAUUCCAAGUUGGAUGAAGCCCGACGGAAGAGGGAGGAGAAAAAGAUGCAACGUCAACGGGAGCUGGAGGCGCGACGGGCCGCUCGAAGUGCCGGCGGGGCCGGUGGUCCAAGCAGUGGUCCAAUGAAGUUGGGCGCCAAAAAGAUCCAGCUCGACUGAGUAAGCGAAACCGGCGGUGACGACGAGGACGAACAGCGGCUGUAAGUUUGCGUGAGGGGGAGAGAGAGAGGUGAGUGUUGUGAAGACCGUAACUAUUGGAAUUUGUCACUGUCGGAGGGUACUCCGGAGACGUGAGUAUUUCUGAAAAAAAAUAUAGGAAACACCCGCAAAUACAUAUGAUACCUAUUGGAGAUAAAAAUACAGAUCUGUAUGGUGCAAUCAACGUCUAUGACCGACCGCCUUUUGGAAAGUCACCGAGGUGACGACAUUUUCGAGAUUGUGAGGAUUAAAAAAGAAAGUCACAUUCCAUCAAUUUCAUCAAAGGAUGGCGAGCGAUUUCGAGAGAGAGAGAAAAAUGUGUUAGGAGCAAAAUGAAAACAGGGUUUGAAAGGAGUAAGAUUUUUUCGCACCCAUCAGAGGGCAUUGUCAUUUAUCUUGUAUUAGCUUUAACUAGAGAAUUAUACGAAUUUAGAGACUUUUUUCCUAAAUCAACAGCAUCAGAAUUAGCAUGAGACAGAAUAAAAAAACAUCAUAGAAGUAAACUAUAA